CGAAUCGCCCAGAUCGGCAGUCCGUGCCCACGACGCGCUCUAGCUUAUAUCCGCGUCCUCAAGCUGGCCGCGAUUCCGAGGCAUAAGCCCCGUCCAAUGACCACAGCGUCAUGGCACCUCGAGUCGAGUCGACUUCGGCAGAGGGGAUAUUUCUUUGUCGAC